AUGGCGGGUCAGUUAUGCGAGGCGUGUGGCUCUAGCUUCCAAGCCUGGACCGCAACACUCCAGUUUGCACUGACACAGGCUGCACUGCACGGAACAUUUUCCGACGUGAAGCUGACCUUGUUCUCAGAACGACUUCCCGGCGGAAGGAUAGGAAAACCAGGAGUGGUAUACGCCAACAGUGCGAUUCUCUCUACAGCCUCGCCUUACUUUCAUGGACUUCUCAGGGGCGGGUUUGCGGAAAGCAAUUCGACGGUGGACGGACUAGGAGCCGUGGCUGAUGAAUCGACAUCUACCGCUACCUAUGGCUAUGACUCUGAUAGCGACCUGGAGGAUACGGAUGAUGAGUUCCAGGAUGAGGUCCCGAGCCUUGCCGAUCCUCAAGACUUCCCAGAGGCCUCAGUAUCUUCCGAAUCCACUGCCAGUGCAACGACAUCGAACCGAGAGUGUAACCCCGACGAAGGGGACGUGACACCAUCGAAGCGAUUUCAAGACCGACCCUGGCGCGAAAUCGUUGUCAAAGAUUCUGCACUGAUAACAUCGCAAGGGAUACAACAUCGGAAGGCAGAAAUUGCACAGUACCUCUUAAGCAUGCCCCAAAAUCCGACGCCCUGCUCCCCGAAAUCCAUGUAUCGCUUGGCGGAUAUCCUUGGACUUGAUCGCCUGAAACAAAUUGCCCUUGACCGAUUAAUUGCGAGUCUAACCGUGGGAAAUGUUUGUGAUGAAUUAUUCUCCGAAUUCUCUUCUCGACACGCAGACAUCUUCAACGCACAAUUACGGUUCUUCCGACGAAAGUGCAUGGGAGUCGAGGUGCUCCCUAGCCUUCAGUUGAAGUUCGAAACGCUUGCCGCAGGCGGUUUACCACAUGGAGCCUUCCCGUUGCUGUCUUUGUUUCAGACAUGCUUGCUCAGUUUGGAAUCGGUUCGGUCGGUUCAAGGUUCAGAACCGGGCUCAGAAUCAGCCUUCGAAGACGCUAUUUUGGGCUUGCAUGUGAAGAAGGGCAAGAAGAAGAAGAAGUAG